AUGGCCAACCCCCGCAUUGAAGAGCUCCCCGACGAGCCCGAGAAGAAGAACGUCCAGAUCGAGGAGGAUGAGUCUAGCGACGAGUCCGAGGGCGAGGAGGGCGAGGUCAGCGUGCCCGCGGGCUCCUCCGUUGCUGUCCACUCUCGCAACGAGAAGAAGGCUCGCAAGGCCAUCGCCAAGCUCGGACUGAAGCAUAUUGACGGCAUCACACGCGUCACCCUCCGCCGACCGAAGAACAUCCUCUUCGUCAUCAACCAGCCCGACGUCUACAAGUCCCCCUCAAGCAACACCUGGAUCAUCUUCGGUGAGGCCAAGAUCGAGGACCUGAACUCCCAGGCUCAGGCUUCCGCCGCCCAGCAGCUCGCUCAAGCUGAGGCCGCAUCCCACGACCACGCCGGCCACGACCACGGCGACGAGGAGGGCAAGGGCAAGGGCAAGGCUGUCGAGGACAAGAAGGACGAGGAGGAGGAGGAGGACGACGACGAUGAGGAGAUCGACGACUCUGGUCUUGAGGCCAAGGACAUCGAGCUCGUCAUGCAGCAGGCCAGCGUUUCGCGGAAGAAGGCUGUCAAGGCCCUCAAGGAGAACGACAACGAUAUCGUAAACUCCAUCAUGGCGCUGAGCAUAUAG